AUGCCCUCAUACGCUAUUGUCGGUGCCUCUCGCGGAGUUGGAUUAGAAUUUGUUAGACAGCUCGCAGCUGACCCAGCCCACGUUGUCUUAACCUUCGUGCGCGAUCCUGCGCGCUCUCCGCAUCUCGCUGCGCUCGUGACCAACUCCAGAGACCACAAUAUACACGUCGUGCAGGUAGAUGUAGUAGACGACCACCGCACGCUACAGGUGCGCGCCGUCCUGUUUUCACAGUAUCGUAUGGAAAUUGUUGUGUUGACGGAUGAUGGGCGGGUGCAGUACGCCGCGGUACAGGUCGCACAAGUGACAGAUGGAGCGCUCGAUAUGCUCAUGUACAGCGCGGCGCGCAUGAAUAGCGAAUCGCUGUUCCUUAGGCUAGAUGAAUACGAUGACGCCGACGCGCUGGACACAGAAUUUCUUGCGGCCGUGAGACUUCCGACGAACGUCCUCGGAUUCGUGCAUGCUACCAAUGCAUUCCUCCCGCUCCUUCGCGCGAGGUCCAUGCGUAAGAUUGUGCUCCUCAGCAGUGGGGCAGGCGACCGUGCCUUCGUGCAACGCACGGCCCUCGCCGAAAUGGCAGUGUACGGGGCAACCAAGGCCGCGGCGGACAUGGCAAUGACGAAGUUCGCCGCGCAGCUCGAGGACGAGCGGGUCCGUGGCGGCUUGCCGUUCACGGUGGUUGCGAUGGCGCCAGGGCAAGUAGACGUGUCUGCGACGGCGACGAACAUGCCGUGCCCCGCGGCUGCGGCAUCACUCAGGCGCAUGACUGCGCACCUCCUUGAUGCGCUCCCAAGCUUUGAUGCGCGCGCGUUACACCCCGCGGACGCUGUGCAACGGCUACUUGCGCUCCUCGCCGCCCUUAACACAGCGGACUCGGGCACAGUCCGCCCGUCUACCGAGGUCCGCGCUAUGCCGGCGUAG